AUAAUCACAUUCGUUUCCGCGAAAGGCCCAUUCUUCUAAAUUCCUCAUGCUCCGCGGCAGUGUAUCAGCUGUUCGAUGACAGUUUGCCAACCGUAGGAGGUGGUAGAAGUCGCAGCAGCGCUGCGAAAAUAGUGAGAGCGGGGUUUGUUGUUGUGGGAUGUGACAGCAAUAUGGCUAUCUGGUGAUUAACAAUCGAACGGACGGACAAAGGAGCAGCGCAGUUCUUAUGAUAAUCGACGAUUCUGCUCUCCUCCUUGACGCAUCAUUGUUCCGUUGUUUCGUACGUGGCUAGCUAGACGGGACGGGACAGGAUGCUGGAGCUCGAGGUGGUGCCUGAAAGGUCCCUCGGAUGCGAGCAAUGGGAAUUUAUUUUGGGUAUGCACUUUUCUCAGUCAGUAUCGAUAAUACAGUCUCAAGUCGGUGUUAUAAGAGGAGUACAAGUACUUUAUAGCGAUACUAAUCCGUUAGACGUAGAUCUAGUAAUAAAUUUACCUCACGACGGCAUUCGGCUUAUAUUCGAUCCUGUUGUACAAAGGCUUAAAAUAAUUGAGAUUUAUAACAUGAAGUUAGUAAAAUUGAAAUAUUGCGGCUUGCCAUUCAAUUCGCCGGAAGUGUUACCUUCGAUCGAGCAGAUAGAACAUUCAUUUGGUGCGACUCACCCGGGUGUUUAUGAUAGUGAAAAGCAGGUGUUUGUAUUGAAUUUUCGAGGACUAUCAUUUUAUUUUCCGAUCGAUUCAAAAUUCCAUCCUGGUUACGCCCACGGAUUAGGCUCAUUACAGUUUCCUAAUGGAACUUCUCCUUUGGUUGCAAAAACGGCAAUUUACGUUGGAAAUAUUCUAGCCAGUGGUAGCGGCGAAGAACAUGGUUCCAAGACAUCGCCGCCACCUUUACCACUUGUUUGUUACCAUAAUAACUUAUACUUGGAGAAAGCUGAUAUUAUUCGAGACAAAGCACGUACUCGAGGACUCAAAUUACAUCUUUUCACGGAAGGUAGUUCUGGAACAAGAGCAUUGCUAGAACCGAAGAAGCGAUGUCUGACCAAAGAGGUAUUGUUCGGUGAUACAUGUGAGGAUGUUUUGAGUGCGCUUGGUGCCCCAUCUAGAGUAUUCUACAAAGCUGAGGAUAAGAUGCGUAUUCAUAGUCCACACGCGCACAAACGAGACAAAACAAGGCGGUCAGACUUUUUCUAUAAUUAUUUUACUUUAGGUUUGGAUAUCUUAUUCAAUGCUAAAACUCAAUGUAUAAAAAAAUUCGUACUUCACACGAAUUAUCCAGGACAUUAUAACUUUAAUAUGUAUCACCGCUGCGAAUUUUCUCUGACUCUGCCUCCUGAAAAUAAUUCCACGGAAUCGGGAAAAUUGAUUGAUGUUUCCCCAUCUCCUGUUACAAUCACUGCCUAUACAAAAUGGGAUAGAGUGAGCGAGCAAUUGAAAGCAAGUGCGCGACCAGUAGUUCUGAAUCGAGCGUCUUCGACAAACACAACUAACCCAUUCGGCUGUACGUUUUGUUACGGCAUACGGGACGCGAUCGUCGAAGUUAUGGCGAAUCAACAUAUCGCAAGUGUAACUUUAUAUAGAACUGCGUGACGUUGAUAAUUCAUACUAUGUAAAGCAUUACGUAGCGUGAUUUAUGACGAACUGUCGAGGACAAGAAAUUACUUUAGCUAACUUAGGACAUCUUAAGUUUGCCGAUUAAAAGCGACGGGAUGUGACCAGAUCGAGGUAGAACACUCUAUCAGGAAGCUUUUUUAAUAUGUAAUCAAUUAUUUUAGAAUACAAAGGAUGAUAAAUAAGUGUUACGUAAAGUGUGAAUAUUAAGACGAUUAAACGGUGACCAUAUAAGAUAUGUAUAAAAUCCAGGGCAAAAAAUACAUGGAAAGUAAAAAAAAUAUAUCAAUGUGAGGACUUAUGUGAUUACAUACAUAUAUGUAUGUUAUUUAUUAUUUCUCUUUAAGCCUUGUCUCGCAGCUAUGGAUACUUGGAUCAAUUUCAAGUUGAGUUUAUCUUAACAAGUUCGGUAGUUAUCCUUUUUUUAACGUCUUAAUUUUUCACAUUAAUCUUUACGCAACGUUAGAACUAGCUGAAAGACAUACAGCAAUCAUUGUAACGCAACAAUACGCUGCUCUAUUCUUAAGAAUAUUGUCUUUUUUUCUACAUGUAGAAUUAUAAAAGGCAUAAUUACUAUAUUCUAUAAGUUAACAUAUCUGUACAAAUAAUAGUAUGUAAGUUCAAUAAUUAUAAGAAAUAUGCGAACGAAAAUUAUGAUACUAAAACUUUGGUAGAUUCUGAAGGUUUUUCGACAAGACACUGGCCGGUAUUCAUAGUUCGCUCUUAUCACACAAGAUCGUCUUAAAUAUUUUGAGGCAUUAAUACGGUUCUGUGAUUGGUUUUAUCAUCUUAAGACUGUACUUAAGACAAUCUUAAAUAUAAGAAACCACUAUAAAUACCGGUCAUUAUAGUGGCUUUUCGUACACAAUAAACGUACAAUAAAAACCACUAUAUAGUGAUCAUUAGUAGCAAAGAUUAAAUAGAAGAGUAAAAUUAAAAAUCUUAUACAUUCAAUACAAUUUUUAUUUAGUUUUAACGAUUAAUUCCUUUAUGUCUCCAUGUCUUAUUAUUUUUGUUAAGAAAACAUUGACUCUAGCAUUCAAAGAAUCUGUAGCUGGAAGAAAGGCGAUAUUAUUUUAAGAUACGUUAAAUUUGUCAUGAUUAAGAAACUAAUAUAUAUAUAUUGUCAAUAUAUAUUAUUAUAUUAUGAAAAAAGAUGGAAAUACUAAUAAUUUCAUCUAACAGUAAUAUCUAGUUACUUUUAUUUGGAACAUUACAGCGUAAUGUCUAAUUUAAAUUUAUCAUCUUUUGCCAUAAUUAUACAGAUAAUAACAAUUAAUAAGGCAGACAAAUUAUAAUGGAAAUUAUUAAUAUCCGCAAAAAGUAUUUUAACUCGACAAUUCUGGAAAGCAGAAAAAAACGACGAAAAUAUUAUAAAUUUUUAUAGGCGAUAUAAUCUUUUUAAUCAAUUAUAAGGACUGUUAUUAAUAAUCUUGACAUAUAAUAUUAUCCUUUAGAUGAAGUAAGAAAGUAACUCUCUCAAAUUUCGUAUAAAUGGUAAAUUUUUUAACAUGGGUGUGAAGAAAAAAAUGCGUGAAAUUGGUGGUGGAAACCAAAAUUAUGUAUACCCUGAUUAUCGUGUUCUCAUUAUAAGAUUAUGGAUUCUCACCCAGCACAAAUGUCGUCUGAGUGACGAGAAAAUUAGAAGUUACAACAUUGUGUAACAUAAUAAAAAUAUUUGUUGUAUCCA